GGAAGGACCUACAUGCCGUGCCCCCUAGAGGAGCUCUGGCACAUGGGGGACAGAUGGUCCCGCGGGGAGCCGUCCCGAAGAUCGCCUUGGAUGGUGGCCUGCAGCUUUCGGUCCCAUCGGCUCUCCUGGGCUCUCCUGUUGCGGUUGCAGUCAGCUGCCCGCUCAGCACUUGCCUGGAGCGCCCCUCUUCAGCCGCCUGUGCCUGUGCGUCCGUUGCUUCGGCCUGCUCUCCGGGCCCCUCUCCUCGUGUCCUCCCUGGUUGGCGCAGCAGCUCCCGUCCACUCCCAGCAGGCCUCGUCACAGUGGCAGGGCCCUCACUACCCUGUCCGGGUGGCGGCCAGCUGAGCCACACACAUCCCUGGCAGCAGAUGCACGGGGCCUCUCCUGGGGUCGUGGACGCACCCCCAGCGGAUCCCUGGAUUGAGUGCUCCUACUGUGGGGACCCCGUGUGUGUCACGACUGUGGAGCAGACGAGCUCGGCGAGCUCGGUGCUGUGUCGCAGACAGGGCCGCCCCUGCGUGCCGGGCUCGGUCCUGGGCGCCUUCGAUAGCGCGCCUUGGCUGCUGGACCGAUUCCUGGCGCAGCUGGACAGUUACCUGACCUCCCGCUUCGAGCACCACUGGGACAACCUCAGGCGCCUAACAGGCUGAGCCUGAGUGUGGGCAGCCCCCUGCCUCCAUGGGGACUGGGUACAACCUGGGCUUUAUCCCCAGGAUCUUGAGGAGGUUAUUCAAUCCCCAGACGGCCCUGCCGAGUGCCAUGCAGCAGUGCCCUGGGCUCUGCCUCCAGCCUUGAGCCGGCCACCGGUGGCCCCACGGCUGCCCGUGUUCAACUCCACGUCCAGAAAUGCUCUGAGCAGCCGCUGGCGACGGAGGGCACCCCAGGCCCAUGGGGCCCCCUGCCUCGUCCAGCUCUGCACACAGUCCUGGUCCCACAGGGCCAGCCGCCCCCCAGCCAGGGCAGUGGACACUGCCAAGACCCCAGAAAAGCCACCGUUCCGACCCUGCCCCCGUCUGCGGCCCCAUUGGAGCACGGGCUGUGCAGGUAUGGCGGUGACCCGGGUGAAGCGGCCUGCAUGCCCCCGUCAUGGCGGGGUGGCCCCGCUGGACACUAGGUGUGGCUCCGGGUGGUGCCUGGGCCCAGCCCCGCUGCUGGGUGGAAGCCCCCAGUGGCCCCCAGAGCUUGGGGGGGGCACUGCCGGCAAGUGGACCGAGGUCCCAGGAUCAUCCCCGUCGGACAUCCGUGUCCAGUCUCAUCAGGGCCGCGCUGCCCUCUUUGGCCGUCCAGCCCACUGCACGCCUGCCUCAGCCCGCACACCUCGUGCUGUGACGGCCACGUCCCCAGCAGACGGCGAGCCCUGCGGCGGGGCCUCCAGCAGUCGGCCUGGUGUCCCCGGCACACGGGCAGGGCCAUUAAACGUGCAUGGGGUCCAUGGCCAAGCAUGA